AUGCAUUGCUCCUUGACUUCCUGUCUGAAACCUUCCCGAGUAUAUACACAGACGCUGACCUUGUCCUCCCUGCAGCAGGGUGUCGGAGACGGGGAGGAGCCUCAGCAGCGACCUCCCAUUUCCUCCCUGCUGUCGUCGAAGCCGUCGGUGGCGUCCUCCACCGACAUGCUCCACAGUAAGCUGUCGCAGCUCAAAGAGUCCCGAGAGCUGUACCAGCAGGAACACAACGCACACUCCCAUUCCCCGACGCACGCGCACACCCGCUCGGCCUCACCGGCGGCCAACCUGGACGACCUGAAGAAACGUCUGGAGAGGAUAAAGAGCAACCGGCAGUGAGGAGCGCCACGCCACCACCUCAUCUCAUCCGCCAAGCCUGUGGAGUUCAGCUAGUCGUAGAAAAUAAACCAUCCCCCUUUUUAACUCGUUGUGUGUUUAUAUUCAUGUUUCUGGAGGAUGGACGUAGAAAGCACUUGGUCACUAAAGCUCCUCCCCCUCCCACCUCUGUCGACCAAUCAGGUAGCAGCAGACAAAACACGCCCUCAAGUUUGAACCUGACUCCACCCACUGUGCCUGUAAGAUAGUAGACAUCAAACGCACCACGAUCUGACUGUAGAGUGCAUUCAGACUGAACUAAGGCUGUGACUGGGCUUUACACACACACACACACACACACACAGCAGAAACAUCCGAGUGUGUUUAGCUUCUAUUCAAACGUAUCAGAAAGACGUUCGAUGAAAAAGCUGAAUCAGAGUUUAGGAGUGAGCUUCGAUGUAGUGUGUACAGGAUCACAAAGUCUGCUAACAUCUCAGUCUGUACAGUUUCAUUGUGAUAAACUGUCACACCUCAUGUCCCGUCCCGUCCUGUCCCGUCUCGUCCCGUCUCGUCCCGUCUCGUCCUAGCCGUCUCUGUCAGGGUGCCGUCCACCCUCCGCUCUCCUGUGUACACUUUUUACUGUAUUAUAACAUAGAAACGGUACACUCACUCUCCUCCUCCUGCCCUCUGUUUCAGCACGAUGGCAGAAUAAGUUGUGCAUAUUUAACCCUUUGAAACCCACAUUGUCUUGAUUUCUUUCCAAAAAAAGGUUAGAAGGCAAUGAGAUACUUAAGAAGUGACCCAGAAAAUAGCAAAACAUUUAAAUAGUGCAAGAAAAAGUGCUUAUUCACAGAUGUCUGGGAAUGCAUUUUUUAGGCCUAUUUUUAACUUAUGUCAUGGAAUUUGGGUAAAACAUGGAAAACAUUUGAAAAUUCACUGGUGUGAGAACCCGGUUUCAAAAUAAUUCUCUAAAAAUACAAAUUUCUUCCAAUUUUCAAGACAUUUCUUGCUUAGUUGCUUUAUGCCUUCUCUACUUUUUUUUUUUUAAAGAAAUCGAUUUGCUCAGAUUUCAAAGGUUUAAAUAUGUGUGAAAGGCGUCUGAAUGCAGCACACGAAAGUGAUCCAGGUUUCGGAGGGUUAAAGGUUGCUAACCACUUAACUGUAGUAGUGCUUCUCAUGUGGUUUCAGGACAAAACAGUCAUGAAACGUUUCGUCCUGUUUUACCACGAUGCACAUCGCUGCUGCUGCGUUUGGAUGGAGAAACUCGUGUCGAAAGCUCAGGUUGUGGCUGUGUAAACGCAGCGUGCUGUUGCCCCCUUGUGGCCGAACAAAGUCAAGUAUCCGUUUGUAAUUCUCAGUUUGAAGCCCUGUUUGCACUGCGAGCCGCGACUGAUUUGCAGACAGUUUGUAAAGCAAAAAAUGCCAAUUUAGUGUUGUUUAGUAGCAAUGCUAAUGGUUGACGAAUAUUGCAAAAUGGCUCGCUGCAAACAGGGCUUGAAGCUCCGGCACUUUAACACUUGAAUCGACAAAGUGUCCGAAUUCUGUCAAUAUCGGACACUUUUUCAGCCACAAAAUGACUGCAUUUACACGGCGACAUCGAGUCUUUUUUCUGCCCCUGAUGCUGUUCAAACGGACAAAAAGCCACAGCUGUUAGCGGUGUUAAAGUACUUUGUUUUAACAGGGACAGGGAGUCUGUCUCGUUUUAUUCUGAAAGCAUUUUGCAGUCUUCCUGUUUAAAAUCAGUGGUUUCAGUUCUUCUCUGAAUUAAAAUUGAGUUUUCAGAUUUUUCCUUCCAGCUGAACUCUAAAUGAUCAGCUUUAGAGUUUUGUUGGGAUUAAAACCUGCAGACUCGUUCUGAAAAACUGCUGCUUUUAUUCUGGAGAGGCUGCACACUUUUGCUUUUUUUUUUUUUGUUUUAGCCGAGAGGGACUGAGAGUCUCGCUGCUUAAUUGAGGAGGACCAAGCAGAGCUGUAUACAGGUGUGUUUAAGUUGUGUGUUGGGCUGUUCUGUGGGUUGACACUUGCUGUAAAUACUGUAUUUAAUGUCCUCCACUAACACCUCCCUUCAGUUAUUUAACAGCAGCCACUCUGUUGUGAUUGUAGGCUUAAAGAGUACGGCAUGAAGUCAGUGAUUGCUUUUAUUUUCUCAUGUAAAUAAAGUUUGCAUUAACAAAACUGCUGUGUAAUUAAGUCAUCGUUUUUCCGACGACAGUUGCCUCGUUGGUCAUCUGAAGGAAGGAAAAGAAACACAAAUAACACGUUUUUGUAUUUAAUUUGAAUGUCAGUACUAGUCUUACAUUGUUACAGCUUUCCUUGUAUAAUCCAUAGUGGGAAAAAUGGCAAUAAAGUCUUGUUUUUUUUUAACAA